AUGUCAACUUCAUUACCACCAGCAAUUGUGUUUUCCGACUGGGACGGAACUAUCACUUUACAAGAUUCCAAUGAUUAUCUUACCGACAAUAUUGGUAUGGGAUAUGAUAACCGUAUGAUAAUUAACGAUAAAAUUUUGGAAGAGAAACAAUCAUUUAGAGAUGGAUUCAAAGAAAUGUUAGCAUCAAUUAAUAAGCCAUUUGAUGAAUGUAUUGAAAUCUUAUUACAAAAUGUUCAAUUGGAUCCCGGUUUCAAAGAUUUUUAUCAAUAUUGUCAAUCAAAGGGUAUCCCCAUUAUUGUGAUUAGUUCUGGUAUGAAGCCAAUUAUCUAUGCCUUGUUGGAAAAAUUAAUUGGUCAAGAAGCAAUCAAAACUAUUGACAUCAUUAGUAAUGAUGUUCGUGUCGAUGGUGACAAUUGGGAGAUUGUAUUCAAAGACCCUGAAUCGGGUUUUGGUCAUGACAAGGCAAAAUCAAUUAAAGAAUAUUUGACUAGUCAUGGAUACGCAGGUGAUGCCGAUACACCAAGACCUACUUUAUUUUACAAUGGUGAUGGUGUAAGCGAUUUAAGUGCUGCCAAGGAAACAGAUUUAUUAUUUGCUAAACAUGGAAAAGAUUUGAUCAAAUAUUGUGUUCGUGAAAAAAUUCCUUAUACUGAAUUCAAUGAUUUCCAAGAUAUUUUAAAUAAAGUGAGUAAGAUCAUUGAUGGUGAAAAGAAAAUUUCUGAUUUUGUUGAAAAUUAG